CGAAGUGAGCGGGCAACAGUCUGUCCAAGUGCGCGUGUGCCGAGUAUCAAACCCAAGCUAUUUCAGAGUUGGCGGUCUGGUACCGUACACGGUCCACUCAAAAGGGACUCGACUAUGGCGCGCAACAAUGGUCUUUAUGGCUAUAGGUCGGACUGUUGGAACCUUAUAACGCGUCGGAGACCGAUGUUCGGGGAGGGUCCCAGGAUUACCACGAUCUUAAACUACGACGGGGGAGAUGAGGCCAAGUUGAAGCUCAACGUGGAGGGAGCGAGAGAAAAAGAGAUGAGAGGGUACCAGAAGUUGCACACAUCCGCCACGGAAGCCAAGAACCAUGCAAAACCAAGGUGCAAGUGGGACAGUGUUACGGCAGAGGUGCAAGUGGGGAUGGCGUACAAUGAGGCCGAGACCUCCACCGAUACUACAGAAAGAGAGCAGCAACACCUGGACCGAGACUCGGGGGGGGGGAGCAAAAUGAGCGUAGCAGAGACUCUAACUUGGCACGAGUUGGGCCAGUGGCGGAGGGACCACCCGUCGGCUGAGCCUAUGGAAAACAGCCUAGAGGAGGAGGAAGGAGACGGGAGUGGGAUGUGGGCGAGAACGUCGUCGUCAAAAGGAAUUUGGGAUAAAGCCGACGCAGCGAAAAGAGUUGCAGUCGCCGUUGCAGUCAUUGUGGUAGAAUCGAGAGAUGAUGUUGCAGCCAUUGUGGUAGAUUCGAGAGAUGAAGUCGUUGAUGUAGCGAGAAGAGUUGUACUCGUUGUUGCAGGCAGCGUUGCAGAUUCGAGAGACAAAAUCGUCGAUGUGGUGGCAAAUGUUGAUGUAGAGGGACUUGUCUUUGUAGUUGUAGUUGCAGUCGUAGUUGUUGAUGUAGAGACACUCAUCAUUGCUGUCAUCAAUGUAGGGAGAAGAGUUGCACUCGUUGUUGCAGGCAGUGUUGCAGAUUCGAGAGAUGAAAUCGUCGACGUGGUGGCGAGUGAUGAUGUUGAGGCACUUGUCUUUGUAGUCGAUGUUGCAGUCGUAGUCGCUGAUGUUGAGGCACUUGUCUUCGCAGUUGCAGCAGAAGAGGUUGUGGUGCCAGUUGACGGCGUCGCGGUUGUUGUAUUUGUAGGCGUUGUUGUAAGCAUUGGUGUUGAUCUCGAAGACGAACUUGUUGAGGACAACAGUUUGGACGAUGCUUUCGGUUUCUUGAGACGGGGAAUGUUGUGUAUGUCAAGUGUUUGGGAAGGACGUUCAGUUAAGGAUUUCUUUGUACACAAUGUUGGUUGUGUGGUUAAGCGGGGAGGGCAGAGCAACGCGUACAUGGGUAGGGUCACCCACUCUGGAUGCAGCGACAUAAAGUUGGCCAUGUGCAAAUGCGGGUUGGUGAAGAUCAAUGCUAGCAUGUUUGAUAGAUUGGCCUUGGGACUUGUUGAUAGUGAUCGCGAAGGCCGGGCGAAUGGGGAACUGGCGUCGUUGCCACGAGAAAGGGGAUGUGAUGUCGGUGACCGAGAGCAAGAUGCGCGGGAGGAGGACCGGCCGAACGGAUGGCAGGAUGCGACCGUGAAGAAGUUUGUUAUUUGUGACAGAGUCGAUAAUCAGCCGUGUUCCAGGAUAACAACAGCCAUGCGUAUAAGUUGUGCAAGUGCAGAUUGUUUGGGAAUGUCCAAGGUGGAGGUGGCGGCGGGGGUGAGGGGUGCUUUGAAUCGAGAGUGGAAAGUGCGGUCUCCGUCUAACAGAGUAGUUGCGAUGCCGCUUGAAGCAACUGCGAGUGCAACUUGGUCAUGGAGGCGAAUGUGUGCGAGUAUUGUGUUGAAGCAGAAGAUUUUACCUGUGCCGGUGGGCGCGUCGACGAAAACGCAGAGCAGUUCGCUGUUUUCGACAGCACGGAUGACGCGUUGGAAGACUGCUUGUUGGGAGGGGCGCAAUUGCGGGAGAUUGGAGUCAAGGGUGUGUCGAAGUUCUGCUUUGGGGUACGGAAUUUCGUCAUCGAUGAUUCGCGGGAUGCCCUGGCGUGAUGGUCUUUCUGCGAGGCGUCCACCCGUCUUCGCCAGCAGGAAAAAGGAGCACAUAAUGAAGAGGGUCGAAAGCUCGGUUUGUUUCGGCGAUUGGGACAACUCCGCCACCACGUUUGCGGAUUGUGAUUUCUUGAUUGGCAGGCUGAUCGUGCAUAAGAAGACACAGCUCUUUAAGACCUUCAGGUUUGUUGUAACGGCGUUCGUGCUGAUCGAUCGAACAUGUGUCAGGGUUAAUCACGAUGUGUCGGUCAUGUAUCAUCUCGUCUGGCAUUUCAGAAACAGUGAUGAAAUCAUGGACCCAACGGUUGCAUGCAUGGAGAAGAGCGUGGAACUUUCAGAGAAGGCGUUUGAUCGAACGAAUCGUUGCGAGGGGGGUUUCGGCGGGAAGGUCAAGACGGCUGAGACAGAGAAGUGUAGCACCGUGUUCGUCUUGCAGAUCGUAGAUGUAGAUUUGUGUGAAUGCGGGCUCAUGGUCAGCGUCUGGGAGAAGGGGCCCUAAAUUUUGAUGAAGCCGGCCUUCGAUGCGG